AAUGUCUCCCCGCGAUAUUUUCUUGAGAAAUGACUUCUACAAAUGAUGGAAAAGACGUGAAAAGUAAUCAAACGAGUGGCCAAAAAGGCAAAUCAUUUUACAUUGAACUUUAUAAGACUUUAGAUGGGCGGUUGAGCGGCGACUGCGAGCUCGGUGACCGCACGCGCCACCUUUGCGAGGCAUGGCGGCGCGUGCACUGCCUGUGUCAGCAUUCCGCGGCGACCACCCAUCCGCAUCUACUCGGCUGGCUGCAGAGACACACAGCUAAGACUAUUCUACAGACGGAAUGGCAGCUGCCGAAAAGUAAUGAUGAACACAAACGCCUCGAAGAGGCGAUCAAUGACUUCAUCAACGAGAGUAAAGCCGCCAUCGUUACUCGUGGUGGCGUCAGUCCAGCGUGGGAGGCUCAGCUGCAGCAGAGAGGAGAAUGGUUUAAGAAGAUCCUCACGAACCCUUGGGGACACCCCGUCCUACGGGUUUUGCUGGAUCCGAGGGGACAGACGCCUAGUGACGACGAAAUCCUACAAUGGGUGAAGGAAGAACGCGGUGUGAUGUUUGUAACGCGGCUUCGCCAACUAGCCGCGUCGAAGUGCGACGACCUGGCGAUGUCUCUGGUGACCACAGUGAUGGAUCGAGUGAGGGCCACUAUGGACCAUCUGCCUGACAUCGAGCAGAUUGAUAAUAAGGAAAACCCCACCACUGGCGAGGCCACAUUCGCCUCGGUGCUGCGUACAGAGGCAGGCUUUACAGUCGAUGUGUGGGAACUGCUCACGGAUAUCGAGUUUGUGCUUCUGCAUAAAGCUGAUCGCAUAUCCAAAUGCAUUGAACUGGCCAAACAAACGCCUCUACGCGACGGUUACCAGUUAGUGGAGCGGCUUCAGAGCCGACUGGAGACCUCGCCCCGAGAGAAGAAAUUAUGGAAAAACGUAAAAGAUGUCGGCAAGCUCAUUGCCCAGGUGGUGAUAGCGCGCUGCAUGGUGGUCCCGAUGUGCGCGGGCGUGGUGCGCACGGCGCUGUACUGCUGCGCGCGGUCGCUGGCGCGGCUGGCGGGCGCGGCCGGCAUGCGCGCCUGCUGCGCCACGCUGGCCGCGCCCGCCGCCACCGCGCGACACCUGCACACGCUGGCGGCCGCCGUGGACGCGCAGUGUUCAUCGGACAUGAAGCCCUUCGUGUGCGAGUUGUAUGUUCGCGCCAUUACAGCGGGCAUGAACGAAUUGGAGAGGCUCAAAUUGAAGACUGAAAAGGAAUCGGAAGCACGAUCCACGGAACAGACCCUAUCUUCCUGGUUCACCCAACUAGGGUCUCUGUUGUCAUUGAGCGACAGGAUCAAGUGCGAAUGUACUUUGACCGCAUUCUCAGUGCAUCCCUCUCCCGCCAUGUACGAUAGGAUAAAGACGGCACCUAUAUUAUCUCCUGUCGCUGUGCUGGACGACCAAGAUAUAAAACAAGAAACUACAUCGGAAUUCGGCAGUUGGGCAACAGAUAGCCGGACGCAAACCAACCUGGUGAAGACAUCGGAAACCCUCAACAUUAAACAGACGCAGAACAAAGGCAACGUUAUGUCCACCGCUAUAUUAACCGAGGGCGAAGCCCUGGGGCUUAGCCCUGAACUCUGCCAGGAUUUAGCGGUGCUUCUCUCCGGACCCAGAGUGAAGACCCUUUCGUGGGAUAUGGACAGAGAACUUCUCCUAGAGAACUGUCGCACUUACAUGGAGCGCACUCACGGCGGUACUAAGGCUUUGACUACUGAGCUUAAGUAUUUGAACUUAGACCUUAGUUCCUACCAACACUUGCCUGAAGAGGAAGACGACGAAAACGACGUCUAUUACGGCAUCGAGAAAGGUUAUGAGCAUCUCGUAGAACUUCAGGAGGAACAAUUGUCACCAAACGUUAUGUUUGAUUACGAAGAGACAGAGACCGCAGACUCUGACUAUGACUAUUUGGAUACUGACUCCUUUCCAGUGAGACGAAAGAAGAAAACGAAACACCCCGUUAAAUAUACCGACGAAGAGCCUGACCCUUUGAGCGUUCCUGAAACUACAGAAACUAAAAAGAGUGAAAAGAAAAAAGAAAGGCCACUCAGCAAGGAGAGAAGUAAAGACAAGACUGCUACCAAAGUGAAAAAAGAGCGAAAGAAGAAAACCAAAGCCUCAAGAGACCCGAAUGAUAGUAAAGAAAUUAGCGGCGAGACACGGAUAGAGGUUCCAGAAAACAAAGAAAAGAAAGACAAAGAGAAAAAAGAAAAGAAAGAGAAAAAAGAAAAGAAAGAGAAAAAAGAAAAGAAACCGCGCAAGAAAAAACCUAAAGAAAUCUCGGAAAAACCGCCAGCUGAAUGCAAACCCAGCUCUUUGUCCAAACUCAUUGGCAUGAAAGUUGCAAAUGUAAAACAAGCACCUGAACUCAAAUACCAGCAAAACCCUGUUGUUACUAAAGUAGCACCUUGCAUCACUGACAGCGACUACGACAGCCAAGGAAAAUCUUCUUUGGCGUCACUCAAUUCGGAAGGAAAUGACCCAGACGUUUUAUUCGACGGUUUGUUUUCUAUGGACGACUACAGAUCCCCGGAGAAACACGACCCGCUAUCGGAUCGGCGAAAUUCUCUUUCUAAUAGCGAGCUUAGCUUUUCAUACGGUCAGGUAGCUUUGAACAGUAUACAAACUCCACGGAGGUCCGAUUCCGAAAGAUCUAAUACAAACAGCCCAGCUUACAGUGAUACGCCAAAGACUAACCACAAAAUUCAAGAUGAAGUAAAAAAGAGGAUCGUUUCGCUAUUGGAAUUCAGAAAACAAAAGAAACUGGUGGAGUAUGCGCAAAGAUCGCCUUCGUCAUCUAGUCAAAGUCCGUUAACACCAAUUAAAUCGCCUAAUGCUAUCAUACAACCAGUGUUUCCUGAACAGUCGAUAAUUAGUCCAAAAGCCGUUGAAAUUCCUGAAAUACCCAAAGUCUAUAUAAAUAAAAACCAAAUAGAUCAAAUAAAAGCAAUAAAAGAUGAGGUUGAUAUUUUCUUAAAAUCGAAAUUCUCUAAUCCUGUGAUCCAAUAUGCGAAUAAACGAAAUAUCGAAGGAGGGCCGCAAUCAACGAUACAAAACGAUUGUCUUAAUUUAUCUACUAGCCAACAAGACGAUUGCCUCAUAAAGUCAUCAAAACAAAAUUCAGCUUAUGGUGAAAUUGACAAAACGAAAAAAAUUAUUAACGCAGCGGGCAGCUCUUAUCCAAAUAAAUCAUUAGAUUUGUUAAAUCAGAAGAGUUUACAAGAUUUUCUUAAAGAAUUACACGAAGCCACCAACGCCGGAACGAAAGGAUGCUCUAACAAAAGCUCGAAAACGAGUAGCAAACCUAGAGUAAAGAAAGAAAAACCAAUGUCCAAAGUGUCUCCUGUGAUGCCUAAUGUAACUAGCAAAGUAGAACCUACGUCUUCUCAUUGUGCCAAAAUAAAUAGUCAGGGAAAGAAAAUGGAGACACAGCUAAAUACAUUUGCCCGUCUCAGCUAUAUGCAUAAGAAUAAACAGCAACAACAGUCUGUCGAUGCUAUUAACCAACAAGAAAUGUUAAAUCGAAGUAUAGAAGAGCAGAGACUUUCCAAAUUGAAGCAUCUACAAAAUAGCAAGGAUAACAUUAUUACAUCUGGAUCUUUUAGUAGUAGCUCACAAACUAUGAUAAACAGCGAAAGCAAGAAUGCUGUGAUCCGCAAGGUUGAGAAAUCUGUAGCGCCUGAAGAGCACCCGGUCCUUGUGAAUUUACUCCAUACUAAAUCAUCUAAAAACUGCGAUAAUGUAAAAGUUGUGCCGCAGCAACCUGAAAAGAGGGCUGAUUCGUUUCCGAAAGAUUCUCUACUAUGCGAAAAGGAUCAAAAUGAUUUGUUGCUUUUAUUACGACAGCAAAGCAAUUUGAGUUUGCAUCCACAUGCUAAUAAAAAAUUGCGUAACAUAGACAAAGCUAUUAAUAAACUACAUAGUUCUAUAUCUAUAUCAAAUGUUCCGAAAUGUAACGCAGCCACACCUAUAGGUGGCACUGUGAUAAAAAAUCAUUUAUCGGAUUCUAACUGUAAUAUGUAUAACACUAAUCAAAGUUACGAGGGAUUGAACAUCAAGGGUCCAUCAAAAAUGUCACUAAAUUCGAUGCAUUCCAAAAUUGUAGACUGUCAGACUGCUAGAGUAAGUAAGGCUGAUGCAAUAAAAAAGAUAAAUUCAGAAGAAAAUUCGGCUAUCAAUCCUAUGCCAUAUCAGCAAAAUACACUAAAAACCAGUCUUAACGACCAUCAUACUCAAUCAUAUAGUUCAAUAGCAGAAAGCAACACAAUAGGUUGGCAGUCGGUCAUGGAUGCUAUACUAUCCCAUAAAACACCAAGCAGGGGUCCUAAUGCUUUAGAUAUGGCAUUAAAGAAAGAUCACACAGAAAAAAGUUUACGCAAUCAGCGAAUAAUGAGACCAAAUAUUAUUACUAAAACAAGUAAAGAACAUACAAAUAGCACUCAAAUUGUGAAACAGACGCCUAUUACUGCAAUAUCGUCGAUUCCGGAUAGACAUUCAGAUCCCCAUACACAAUCUACACGGCCAACAACUCCACUGCACUCUACGAGUACGUCACGAUUACAACCUGGCAAAGCAAAUGUAUCGAUACUGAAAAAUCGGGUCCCACUUAGUCAAAGUGAAGUGGAUAAAAUUAUGCAUCGAUAUGAUCAUCUUGAGCCGGCGGUGAAAUCUGUAAAUGAGACUUUUCAACUUAAGAAAUCAUUACUUUCUUGUCAGCAGCAGCCACAAUCUUUAAGAAAAACCUCAAAACAUACAAAUAAACCAAAUCCUACAAAUAUCAAGCGACCUUCUUGUACACAACAAAAUAUUGAGACCAAACCAAUACCAAUACGACAGGAAAAUAAAAAAACAAUACAAAUAGAAAAAUGUAAACAAACGUCAAAUGUAAAGAAACCAGGCGUAACAUCAAGCGUAAUUCAGGAAAAAGAUCCGUUUAUAUCAGGAAUGUCAAAUUCAGACUACGACUUAAUAGAAGAGUUAAUGGAUGACGAGUUACGAAAAGAAAUAGGAGAAUUGUCGUCUGACGAAGAGUCUUAUCGACCAUCAACUGGAAGUGUCAAAAAUACUAAAUGUUCCAGCAACAGGUCUAGUUAUAUGCAUAAAAAUGCUAUAAUGCAAGGAAAACCUCAUUCCGCAUAUUCGACGAGUGCAUCACAAAUUUGUCGAGAGAGUAUAAUACAAAGUAAACAAACAGAAGAUCAAUAUCUGAAUAAAUCUAAUAUUAUGCGUGAGGUAAAAUUGACAACAACGACGAUACCAAUAAGUCACGUGAACACAUCAAAUGUAAAACAAUUAAUACAAAUCAACCAAAAACAAGUUGAGAAUACAUCUAAUAUAAUUCAUGAGGUGAAAAUGACAACUGCGACGCCACCUAUCAGUCAUGUGAACACACCAAAUGUCAAACAAUUAAUACAAAGCAACCAAACACAAGAUCAGAAUACAUCAAAUAUUAUUCGUGAAUUGAAAAUGACAACAACAAAGGCACCUAUCAGUCAUGUGAACACAUCAAAUGUCAAACAAUUAAUACAAAGCAAUCAAAAACAAGACCAAUAUCAGAAUAAAUCUAAUAUUAUUCGUGAGGUGAAAAUGACAGCAACGACGACACCAUUAAGUCACGUAAAGACAUCAAAUGUAAAACAAUUAAUACAAAGCCACCAAAUACAAGAUAAAUAUAUGAAUAAAUCUAAUAUUAUUCGUGACGUAAAAAUUACAACAACGACAACACCGGUCAGUCAUGUGAAGACAUCAAAUGUAAAACAAUUAAUACAAAGCAACCAAACGCAAGAUCAAUAUCAAGAUAAAUCUAAUAUUAUUCGCGAGGUGAAAUUGACAUCGACAACCCCAAUCGUACACCAUUCGACAAACGUGAACACAUCAAAUGUAAAACAUGUAGCAAAAGACUGUAAAAUUACCCCAGAUUUCGGUGUAGGCAAAACUUCUAUCAUACAUCAAUCUGUACAUACUGGCGUUCCUUGUAUCCAAAAUGUUAAGCAAACUUCGCAAGUAAUAAGCGCUAAUCAGAUAGACGUAGUAGAUCCAAGAAAUGUAAUUAUUAGGGCAAUGCCACAAACGCCCUUACAAAAUGUCGUUCUUAUAGGAUCUGAAGUGGUUAUUGAUCCAUAUGCAGCCAUCCCAACACAGCUUCAUUCAGGCAUUAGUACUGUGAAUCAAACAUCAUACGUCGCGUUCAAUAACUCUCCAAACAUAGCUGUUUUUCAAACAACGCAAUUUGCUGCCCCAGUUGUGAAUCCGUUUAUAAUCGGAAAUGCUUUGACAGUCCAAUCGACACCAAUAUCUUUAAAUGAAACAACAUCUUUAGAAACUUCCUCGAACCAACUAACGGUGGAUGCAAUCCAUAUUGGAUCACAGAAAAAGCAAGAGUCACGCAAAGAAAUUGCACAAAAAAAUAAGAUUGAUUCUACUUUCGAAACGUCCAGUGACUUCACUAAUUUUGAAAAUCAAAAAUUCAAAUUAUUGAAUAAGUCGAAAGAUACUAUACUGCAAUCAAAAGCAGACACUUCUAAAGUGAUGAAUGUUAAUUCUAAUAAAGAAAUUGAUAGUAACACUAACUUACACUGUAGCGACAAAAGUGAAGUAUUGACAAAACGAGAGGAAUUCAAGCAAAUGGAUGCAAUACAUAAUACCAAUCACAAAAGAGAAGUUUUAAAGGAAGUUCAAGAUAAGCAAAAACUGAGAGAUGACAUCAUUUUUUCAAAACGUAAACAAGCUAUCCUCUCUGAAAAGAAAGAAACUCAUCGCGAACACGAUAAAAAUUAUAAUUUAGCCUUAGUACUAAAAGAACCAAAUCUUUUUCUUGAAAAUGAAUGUAAAAAAGAAAAACACAAAGAAAAAGAAAGAUUAAAGAAUAAACGACUGGCUAUUGUUAAUCGAAAAAUUGACAACACUUCAAACUAUCCACCCAUUCCUUUGAGCUACAGUCAAUUGCAAAAUACCCCUUAUUUAAAUGAAUCGUCUGUAUCCACAAGUAAAGUAGUUAGCUCAAGUGAAUCAAAAGAAAUUAAAAAUGAACCUCUUUCUAAUUGUGACAUUGGGAUCCAGAAAAACAUACUAUCAACUAGUGGAAAACAAAGUAAUCAUGAGAGUAAAGAAAAUAAUAAUUGUAUAAAAAUACGGAAUGUUUACCUAAGAUCUGAUGAUAAAAAAUUUAAGCCUUCAGAGCCUGACAAACUUCAAAAUGUCAUUACUAAAUCUAAUCUAAAACUGCAAAAUCAAACUCAUCCAACGGAUAAUGAGAUCAAAGAAAAAGGCAAUAUGAAAAAACAAGACGUCGUGAGCGACAGCAAAAGUACAAAAGUACCGAAAAAAAUUGUCAUAUCCAAAAUAGUGAAAAUUCCAACUAAAACUAGUGUUAAUUGUACAGAAUCAUUGAAAAAGGUUCCCAAAUUAAUUCUAAAAGUUACAACAAAAUCAAAAAAGAAAAAGAAGAAAUCUAAACAUUCAGUGAAAUUAAAUGCAGUGUCAACGAAAAAAGAUGGUAAAAAACAAACAGCUCACCUCGAGUUAACCAAAAAUACACACUAUACGAAUGUAAACUUCAUCGACCCAAAAGAUAAAAUAUCGAAAGUAUCAGUGUUACAACAAAGUGAUAAUAAUAUCGAGCUUAAAGAAUUUUCCACAAAAAAUGAAAUGGAUACCACUACUGAAAUAAAAAGAAACAUGUCUUUGAAUCGUAUCAGUUGCACUGGUGAGAUCAGCAAUAUUAAAACCAAGGAAAUAAAUCAAAGGCCAACAGAAGAUAUUAAAGAAUCUUACGAAAAACAUAAUAUUUCUAAAAUUGAAGUUCCGGAGAGCAAAAUAAUCGAACAAGAUUCUAAUGAAAAAAAGACAAAUUUUAAUGACUCAAUUAUACCAUUAGAAGCGACGGUAACAGAUCACAGCUUAAACAAAAAAUCAGAUAAAUGUGAGUCAGACACACACACAUGCCUGAUAAAUGUGUGUCAGACAGCAGGCACUUCGCAUUCAGUUAUAAAUUAUCCAGAAAGAACUAUUUUACCAGAUGAUAUAAUAUCGGAUUCACCAUCAAAAACACAAAGCAAAUCACCAGAGCUAGAAAUCCCGCGACAAAAAAAAGGAAAUGAAAAUUUUAUUGAGACUUCUGUCAUAAAAAAGAAUAGCACCGGUUUAAGUAUACAGAAUAAUAGUGAAAACAAAUGUAAGUUGAUACCACAUUCUAAUAUACAAGGCAGAAUUGCUAAAAAUACUACGAUUAAGAAAUCCGUCCCUGAUAAUAAAAUAUCAGAUACCACAAAGACAAAGGUGUCAGAAAAUAGUAAUCAGGAUAUCCGACUAUCUGCUAAUAACACAAUUAAACCGUCUGAGAACCCGAGAAAACAGAUAUUGAAGGAUUCAAAUGAAAAUUUAGAUUAUUUGAAAAGUAAUGUAGUUAUUGAAGAAGUACCAUCACAAAGUCGUGAUCCCGAUAAAAAAUGUGUUCGAAUUAAAUUACCCAAUGGCAAAGUAUUUAAAGCGACCGUUUUUGGAAAAAUGCACGUCAGCUUCGAAACGUUAUUUGACAAUCCUGCAUUAAAAGAUGCAUUAUUAACAAAUUUAAAUCCAUCUCGACGAUACACUUUAAAUAUAAAACAAAUUGCCACAGCAGAUGUAAAGGACCCUACAAAAAUUUAUAAUUCGCGUAUCGAGGAAAUCCGGUUACAAAGCAAGCCAGACGUUAUCGAUACUGUUGAUUUGUUGAGCGACGAUGAAGAUGGAAAGAAUGAAAAGAAAGAUGAUCAGACUGAAGCAGACACUAUUCAGUUUAAUGGUUACAAAGUUUCAUCACACAGCAAAGAAUUCUUUGAAAAACAUAGGAAAAAUUUAUCGCAACAAUGUUUGGUAAAAUUGACCCGGACUGAUGAUGUUAAGAAAAGAAAUCUUGAAGAAGAUGCUAUUCAAAAAAACAAGAUAGUGAAUGACAAUUUUACAACUGUGCCGAUUAGUAAUUUAUAUAUCAAGACACCUAUUGAAAAUGUACCAAUUCUGAAUCCGCCUGACUUACAAAAGAUUUUGAUAAAUAAAGAAACGAAAGAAACACUGGCAAGUAAUGAUUUUAUUUUGCCCGAUAAAAUUUUGGAUUCCACUAUUGAAUCUAAUGUUAUCGAAAUUGAUGAUUCAUCUAAUGACAGCUUAAAUCUUUUGCAAGACUGCCCAAUAUUAUCAAAUCAGUUCAAUAAUGUUAUAGACGACUCAUCUAUACCUUUAAUUAAAAAAGAAACAAAACCAGAAGAAAAGAUUAGUGAAUUAAAGAAUUUGUUAUUACAGGAUCUGGGCGUUAAUGAGUUAGAAAAUAUAACCAGUGAUCCUAGUGCUGACCUUCCUUCUGUUGAUAUUUCAAACGAUGAUGAAAAUAUGAAAGUGAAAAAUAUAACCAGUGCUCCUAGUGCUGACCUUCCUUCUGUUGAUAUUUCAAACGAUGAUGAAAAUAUGAAAGUGAAAAAUAUAACCAGUGAUCCUAUUGCUGACCUUCCUUUUGUUGAUAUUUCAAACAAUGAUGAAAAUAUGAAAGUGAAUUCAAUAAUAAAAGAGUGCUCUGUAGAGUUACAUAGAUGUGAUAAUAUUGUUAAAAAAUAUGAACAAAAUAAAAUUAUUAAUCAGCGGUGUACUGUUAACCUUAUAAGAUGUGAUGACAUGAUUGUAGCCGGUAGUAAUAACACGGAAGAAAAGAAUUUCUUAAGCUCUGAUGAAUCUAUUAAUGUGGACUUACUGGAUGACGAUUAUAUUGUGAAGGAACCGCAUUCUUUGUCCCGCAGUGGUUCAUUUUCCCUUCUCGAUGAUUUUACCUUUGAUUUUAAAGAAAAUACCAUCAUCAACGAAUCUCCAAAUUCUUUUUAUGAAGACGAUAGGAGUUCGCCCGUUAUAGACGUUUUUGAAACUAUUGCGGCUUUUAGAAACUUCUCUAACGUAUUGGAAAAACAUAUACCCGACUAUUGUGACGUCAUCUUAUAUGAAAAGGAAUUACAAUGUUUUAGCGAAUGGCAUAAAACCAAACGAGAAAUUGUUGGUGAAAGUAAUUUGCGGGGCAAUAUAACGUCUACUAACGAAUUCAGUUUUAAUAAUAAUGACUUAGUUAUGGAAAAUAAUGGUAUAUAUAAAUCUGAUGUGGUGUUAGAAUCAAAGCCAUUCAUCUGUCUCACCGAAUGGUAUAAAACAAAACGUCAAUGCAAUUUAGAGAGCAAAAUGUUUAAGUACUGUCAUUUUACAUCUGGUGAUAAUUUAAGCAUAGCUCAUAGCAGUACUUUGCAUAGCGAAUUAAGAAAUAAAGAAGUACCCACCUUAAUAAGUUUGACCGCAAAAGUAUUUUGUAAUGGUGAUUUACUCGAUACAUACAGCGUUUAUAGUAAAGACAAACUAUACAAAAUGCCAGAACAAAGCCCAUCCCAUAAAUUAAAAAGAAAAUUAAAUAGUGGACAUGAUAAUUGUGGCAAUAAAAUAUUAAAAACAACAGAUACGUUCAACUACGAAAACAAAUCAGUUGGUAAGUCUAAAACAGAUCAUUGCAUACAAGAUAUAAAAGAACACGUUGUUAAUAUUCACCAACACUUAGAUUUACCUGAACAUGCCAUAACCUGUAGGGUACUAAUGGAUAAUCCUGUUACGAAUUAUUUGAUUAAAAACACAGAAACAGAUACUGAUUCCAUUGGUAAUUCUGAAUUAACAUUAACUGAAGAAAAAACUUCAAAUGAUGAAUCAAUUAUUGAUAAUGUUAGUAAUAACGAAAACAGUGGUGAACCACAUACUACGACAGAGAUUGAAAAUAAUAUAGAAAAAAUUGAUAAAAAUGAGUUUCCAAACAACAAGUUAUGUUAUUUGAAAAAACAAAUACGUACUUGUGUGAAAGUCACACAAGAAUCCGAAACUGCUGCACAAAACGAAAAGUCACUAAAAGGUUUUGAAAAUGUACAUUCCCAUUUGUCAAUUACGAAACAAUCCACAGUAAUAAACAUUGAAAAGGAAUUGACAGACACUGUCGAAAAGUCAAACGUGGCAUCUACAGUCGAUAUAACAGAUUUCGAUGUGAAUAUCAGUGAUGAAAAAAAUGACGAAAUUUCAGAGUCAUCAGAAUCUAAAUCGUUCAUUACGUCGCAGAAAGAUAAUCCAUAUAAACGGUUGUUUAGUGCGAAUAUGUCUUAUUCUGAAAUAUCAUUACCAAAGACAAUAGAAAAUCUUUCGGAAAAUACAAAAGACCCGCAAAUCAUUACGGAUGAAAGGAAACGUGAUAUUAGAACUGCAGAUGAGGAAAUCAAAAUUUUACAAAAGGACUCGGUUAUUUUGGGCUAUAUCAGCGACGAAAAUGAUAAACUAGAUAUUCGAAAUAGUCCCAUUAAAAGAGUUAACGAGUUGACUGUUUUGGAAGUAAAACAUAAAAAAACCGAUUCAGAGAAUAGACAUGUCAGCUCUUUCUCUUCAAAUACCGGUGAAACCCAUAUAUUACAUCCAUAUAAAAAUGUUUUAAAAAGCGUCUCUAAUAACUCCAGUGUGAUGCAAGAAUGUAAAAUACUUUCUUAUAAUCCCAAAAUGGACAAUAUUGAAGCUGAUAUGCAUAGCACUCCUAUUAACAUAGUUACCGAGUUGCCUCUUUUGGAAAUCGAUAGUGAAAUAACAGAUUUAGAAAAUGAACGUGAUUUCGACAGCUCUUUGUCUUCAAACACUAAAAAAACCGAUACAUUAUACGUCUAUCCGCAGGUUUCAAAAAGCGAUCCUGAAAAUCUAAGUGUAAAUGGACUUCAUAAUAAUCCUACAAUGGACAAGGAUCAUGUUGAUAUGCAUAAUAAUCCUAUUGAAGUAGUUACAGAGUUGCCGGUUUUGGACGUCAAUAAAACAAAAAAAGAUUUAGAGACUUCAAAAAGUGAUCCUCAUAAUCCAAGUUUAAAUCAUGCGUACAAAGCAAUCAACAUUAAAUGUAGUAUUGAAAUCGAUUCAAAGAACGAACAAUCGUUGAAUAUUGUGGGAAGUAAUGUGGAUAUAAAUACUUCCGAUACACGAUCUUCAAUACAUAUUUUAACAAAUACUUCAAAAGAAACUGUAGAUAAGGGAGAGAUAAGAGAAACAUGCUGUGAAAAAAGUUUACAGAAUGAAAAUGUUAUUGUAGGUGAAUUAGAUGAGAAAUGUCAAUUUCAUAGUACGACAAAUGAAUUAAAAUGCAAAGAUGAUAUUAACUAUGUAUGUUUCACUCAAAAUUUUGAUGAGCCAUCAUAUGAUUGUAUUACUUUAAAUAGCAAUGACCCAAAAGAUGAGUCGCUGAAUCAUGUUUACCUUGAUGAGAAUGUAAUCGAAUUAGAACUACAAAAUACUGAAAUGGACGAUGAACUUGUGAUACAAACUGAAUUUUACUCAAAAGAAAAUCAAACUGAAUUUACAGAAAGUAUAUGUAAUGAUAACAAUAUAGAAGAACAAUUUGCCGAUGAUUCACAGAAACCGUCACCCAGCUUGACUGUUCUUGAAUUAUUGGAUCAUGGAUAUGUAUCCUCCAAAGAAAAAAAUAUAGAUAAGCAAGAGUCUGAAGCUGAAAUAAACAACUUUGAAACGUCAAAAGGUAGUAGCACUGAUUCUAUCAUAGAAGAAUCGUUGAAUUUGGAAGUUAGUGUGGAAGAUGCUUAUCUGGAAUCGUUAGAAGAGAAAUUUAAAAACCCACAUAAACAGGUAACUUUAGUUUAUAAAGACAGAACUAACUUCGUAUUAACAGGAGUCGAAUACGAAGACCCCGAAGUCGGUACAUGUUAUGUUUUUCCAUUGGCUGAUGAAGGUGAUGACAUAGAAGAAGCAAAUCAAACCGUUCAAGAAGUUGAUUAUAGUGAAAUAAAGGAAAAAAAUUGUGAUGACUUUGAUAUACAUGAAGAAGAAUUAAAACUAAAACUUCCUAAAAAUACAUAUUCGAGGCUCACAGCUAGAUGUCCAAAGUUCAAGAAAAUUAAAUCAAAUAUUUUAAAACGAAAAUUAGACAUGGCAGAUGUAAAAUGUGUAGGAAAAAGAUAUAGAAGAGGAAAUAAAAUCGAUUUUUAUCCAAGAACGGCCCAAGCAACAGCUUACACCAAGGAGUACAAACGAGUUUUCGAUUACUGCACCUCAUUAAAGUUUUCUUUCUCACAGCCUUUUCACAAUGAAUUUUUUGAUGUGGAAGCUAUGGUAAGAAAUUGGCCAAUCAAAGGUGAAUGUUGUCCAUGUGGUGAUUUUCCGGACGAAAGUGGACUGAGUAAUGUAUUAUUCAGAGACAAUGAUAAUAUCCAAGUCUCAAUAAGACCUACAGACAUGUCGUUUCUGGAAGAAAUUAAUGAACAUUAUAAUGAACCUGGACCACAUACUGAAACUAACGAUGAAUCCAAUUUCAAUAUGGGUUUUGGUGAGGGGUCCGACAGAGUCAUUCAAAAUUUGGAAGAUGUAGGUGAAGUUUCAAAAUUUUCGGCUGCGACUCUGUCGGACGUAAAACAACCUCAGCCGUGUUUAUUGUCAGAAGACUAUGACGACUGCGAAAAAGACAUAAACAAUAGAGAAAUAAAUAAUAAAGAUGACCAAUUAAAAAAGUUGAGGCACUAUAUCACUUACAUACAGCUAAGGGAUAAGGUGCGAUCAUUCUUUCAAAAGACUUAUUUAGAGUUAAGUAACGAAAGUAUAAGCAAAGAGAAAGAUAGUGCAUUUACCUCAAAAUGUCGGAAUAAGUACACGAAUCAAUUUCCAUUUGAUUUCUGUCUUACUGAUUUCAUAGAGCCAUCUCCGAUUGAGGCCGUAGUGCAAGUUGUCCAGGUAGGUCAGCUGCCCGUCAGUGCAGCAGCGCAAAAUCCGGUUACCUGCGAUCCACGUGUAACUCAAGUGUCUGAUGCUAGCCCUCAGUGUUCUAUUGAAAACAGUCCUCAAGAUGAUUCACAAGUAACCAUAAAAACUGAAUAUACAGAAUUAACUACUGCUGAGUUACCUUUGCCUCUAGUACAAGAGUAUGCUUUACAUAAUCAAAAUUUGUCGAACGAAUCUGUGGAUGAUCAAAACUUGACAAUUUCUAACGAGAAUGUACCCUUAGAGACGGAAAUCAAAUCUGUAGUCAAAAUAGAGUUAGAAGAAAUACAAGAAGUAAAAGAUGAAAACCGCGAUUGUUUUGAAAAUCGUGAUUUUCAAACUAGGGAAAAUAAAAAUGAUAAUCACACAGAAUACUCCUUUGAAUCAAAUAGUACAAACGCAACAACAUCUGGGACCGAAACUGACUUUCAAAAUCUGUAUAAUUCAACUGCGAAGCAAAAAGAAAAUGAAACAUACACACAGAUCCAAAAGCAGCCAAAUGGGACGUCAGAGAAAACAGAUCAAAUUGCACAUGCUAUGAACGCUGCUGGAAUUACUACCACAACUGAAACUAUGACAAAUGCUACAAGAGCUCAUGCUUUGGUAAAUAUAUUAUCACAAAAAUUACGCCAAGGAGCUAUAGGGACGGCACAGUCUACUACAAAUACCUUUCCUAAGACUACCGCUAUAAAUGCAAUGGCGCUUCAACAAGCUUUAGCUCAGAUCUUGCCUCCACCGUUGAAUCAAACUAACGUAAACGAUAAUAAUAAUCAAUCUUCGAAUGCUCAAGUUGCUCCUCAAGUACUACAUAUAGUGCAAGGUAAGAAUCCCUCGGGAAGCCAAAUAACGUUAGUUGAUAACUCUCAACAAUCUGUCAUCAGCAACCCUAACGCUACACCUGUGUUGCAUAUUGUUCAGAAUAAGUCAGGAACAACAGCUCCAAGUUCCAACGGAACAUCAACGCCGCAAGCUAAUUCUUUUACCGGUUUAUCAUUAGUUGACGCAGGUCUUCAACAAGGUGGUAACCAACUUCUUCAUAUUGUUAAUACUGGCAAUCAAAAGAAUAAUAACGCAACUGGACAACUCCUGAAAAGAGUGAAUUUAUUGACAAAUCUUGCAAAUGUUCAAGGUUCCAAUGAUCAAAAAAUGGUGCAAUUUGUAUGCAAAUCUGCUGACGGAAAAGCUAUACAAUUAAAUGCUCCACAUCAACGUAGUAUGGUGUUAAGAUUACAACCAAUUGAGUCACCAAAUGUAACAGUUCAGUCAGCUGCAUCGAAGACGAACGAAAACCAAGAUGUUAGUCCGAACUCUAACACUAAUUCAUUGGCGGCAAAAGAUAAUAGUUCUCAGCAAGAGAUAAAAUCGCGCUCAGUCUACGAAGAAAACUAUGCGAAGUUUAUACAAAACUCCUCUAACAAAACACUUAUCUCAGAGAAAUCUACUAGCUUACCCAAGUUUAAUCAAGCUUUCGGCAAAGCAGUAUACCAAGAUGGCAGCCAAAAAAAUGAAUUAAAUACUAACAAUGCUCAUUUACAAUCCGCUAACAAUAGUAAUGAAACGAAUGAAUGUCAGUCAAAUGAUAAUGCAAUAAAUUUGGAUCAUAUAGGUCAGAUCAGCAGUCCGCCGUUGCUUUUGAGAAAAUCGCCUCAAACCUCUCAAUCACAAGCUAAUUUAGUUCAACAACUUAAACAAACUAUUGCCCCUAUGAAUAUUCAGACUAUGCAUGGCGGAGUAAUUUAUACAAGACAAAUACCUGUUAAUAUCGGAGGUGGACAAACGAUUAACUUGAUAACAGUACCAAGCACUGAAUUAAUAGACGAUGCUGGUCCCAAGCAACAAUCUGGGAGUCAAAAUGAAAUAGAGCAGUCAAUAAUAAAAAUAGUACCCCAAAAUCAAACCACAAAUAAUGAGAUUUCGUCAGAAGAGGCUAAUGUACCUAUAAGUGGUCCAAAUGAAAAUACGCAGAACACUCAACCACAACCAGUACUAACUCAAAUGAGAAUAAAAUUGCCGAUGUUGAGUAAAACACCUCAAAUGGUUUCAGGAGCUAGAGUUGUUAGGCCAUCAUUUUUCCAGAUACAGAGAAAUAUGAUAGGUGGUACCAAUCAACCUGUUUAUCAGCAACUAGUGUUAACUGCUGCGCCACCUCUUGGCCAACAAACCAUAAGGCUUCCACAAUCACAAACAAACAGACCUAUAAAGGUGGCGACGGAGAAUCAGUCAUCAGCAGAAUCACAAAUGAGUUCAUCCACUUUAGAACAACUCCGGGAAUUCGAUAUGGUUCUAGAGCAAGUCAAGGAAAGAAGCACUGUGCAACCUAAUUCUAGUGUGAAUACUACUUUUCCUAAACUACAUCCAUCUUCUUCCACUGACACAACAGAUAGUGGUAUUUCUGCGAGCUCAACAUCGACCGAAAGUACACAACAGGUUCUUUAUUCGAUUGGAAAUAAUCAGUCUCUAAAUGUAGCUUAUGUCAACAGAAAAGCUACAGUUACCACUCCAACAACAACAGCGUAUGUAAGAUCACCAGAUUCGUCAGGAAUUGUAGAAUCCCCCUCACCUUCCAGUCACGUUCAAAUUCCCCAUACCGUAACAUCGGAAACUACGCAAAAUGAAGCACCGAGCCAGCCAAAACCAGCUAAAGUGAGCUCUAAAUCAAAAUCGAGACCAAAAGCAUCUUCAAAUCCACCUAAUAAUCUUAAAUUAAAUACAGUGCCACCAAAGACUUCUGCUCAGAAACCUUUGGAAGAUGAACAAACUACGCAGAGAAUAUUGUAUAUCUUGGCGGAAUAUAAAGAACAAGUGGAGAAUUCUCCGGACAAAGAUAAACCAGCACCGCGUAGAAGAUCGAACCCACCGUCAAACCCAGGAUCUUCAAAGCGCAAGAAAAGUUCUAGUGGUUCACGUCGACAUGGCGCUCGAGACCUUAGCCCUGUUCAUGGCGAAGAGACCUGCAGGACAAUGGGAUCAGAGGAUAGCAGUUGUGGAACAUCACAAGGCGACUGUAACGAAAGCUGUUUAGAAAGUCAUUCACCUCAAGAUAGUCCUCGAAAAGUGGUCCGAAAACUUACGUUCGAACAAGAAACUCCAGCGCCCCAACCUCGUCCACAACCACAGCGCAAUGUCAUAGUUGCUGACGGACAGACAAUAACAGUAGCUAGAGGCACUGCCGGUAAGCCAGCGACUGCCGUUCUGAUGCCAGCAAAUUACAUAUUACCAGUGUCUAUGGUAAAAGGCGGUCAACAAAUCGCAAUAGUAACCAAUCGGGGCCCUAAAUUGUUGACUGUGGGAGGAGGGGAAGGUGGUGCGACUAAUGCCUUGUUGUUGCAAAGAUUGAUAGGUCCUGCUGGUUUAAAGCCAGUUCUCGCUCGCCCGGGAGUUCGACACGUGAGAUUGCCUACUGCAGCGCUGCAUAAUCUUCAAGCUUUCAAUUUGGCGACUGCCACAACUAUCCAACCACCUGACAGUACGGCUUCUCCAGCCCCAGCGCCCACACCGCCUGAACUAGUCGACACUAGAGCUACAAGCUCACCUUGGACCGAUAGGGAGAUGCAAGAUGUGAAACCAGAACGAGGCUCGAGCCCUGAAGGUUCUGAGCCUUGGAAUCUUCCAUCAUCUGGUGAUGCUCAUGACUACUCCUAUGAAGAGACUGUGCGUGCUGAAAACUUGGACCGAACUGUACUCGUUGUUCAGAAGAAGGAUGGUUCGUCGCACCGCCAACACAGGCUGACUCACGUCUCUGCUGCAGCAUUGAGACACAAAUACGCCAUUUUGGAACACGAAUUGAGACUUCAGAAGUCAUUAUCGGAAGAGUGCGAGGACCUCGGUGUAGACUCUCCGUCGGCAUCAGAGUUGUUUCCAGAGGCCGAACUGUUAUUCGCAGCUUCACCAGCUCACGACCACACGCAAGAUCAAACCCAUCACUCGCAUACGCCGCAACCGACCCUCUUGAAUCAGAGCGGCAUACCUCAACCGGAUAUAGACGACCAAAUAGCCACAGACCAGCUGCUCCCUCGCAACGAUAUAUCCGAGGAGCAACAGGACUUGAACCUGGGUCUGGAAGAUGUCGGCAUAGUGACGGUCAGCGAGGACGGCAUGCAAGCCACGAUUGCGCUCGACCAAGAGGAGUUUGCGAGAGCUCACCCUAAUACUACCUUCCACAGCGAGCCUACGGACGACGGAGAGGUACAGCCAUUCACCAUAGCUGGUCUCAAAGGUCGGCACAUAACAUCCACGAUUUUCCAUUCCAACCGCGUCCCGGCCACUGUUCUCAUGACCGCACCACAGACCACGGUCAUAUCCCAAGCAACUGCUGAAAGCGGCAACGGCCACAGCGUCAAAUACGACAUAGACAACAUGAUCCAUUCCCUGCCAUCCACCAACACUAGCAACAUCAAUCUGUCCUCCGUACUUGUCAAAGAUGACGGUCUAACCAGAUUCGACAGCAUCCUCAGCGAUUCCCGCGAAUUACAUCUUUCUAACACAGCCUCGGCUAUCGUCCAUUCGGCUGGCAACGCGACCCAAGUUAUACGAAGAGUCUGCUACGACGACGACAAGAGAGACAAUAGGUUCCUUAUGGACGAGCCGGACGGUUUAAUAGCGGGAGACGACGCCAAAAUGAUCGCCGAGGACAGUUCCAGAGAUGCCACUUUGGAAUCCAUGGCUGGCGAUGUGGACGAUGACAGGUCAUCGCCUGAACGUCACGCGGAACUGUUUUGGGAGUCGAACUCCGCCUCCGCUUCGGAGAGUCGACGGCCGUUGGACUUUAGCAGCGACAGCGAAAAGUGCUGCAAGAGUCCAUCGUACGACGAGACCAAUUCGACGGAUUCAAGUGGAGUUGGUGCCCAUAUGAGAUUGGACUCUGUUAUCAAAGAGGCGAGGGGGAUAGAACGCAGCGGCAGUGCCGACGGAUCUUCCGCUGACGAUACACAUCCACCGCUGCGGACUUAUCCACCCAAACGGUCCUACCAUCCUCUAGACGGUGAAGUGGAACGAAGUUUAUCGGGAAAGACUCGAGAAGGUGAAAGGUCUCCCGAUAGCUUGGAGGUGAGGAGACGAGCCUCGGGGCGUGGAGUUGUGAAAAGAGGAUGCCAUUGCUGCAACGGCUCCCCUGCCCCACCACGACCCAAAAAAUCCCGGCAACGGAAACCCACCAUGGACUUUACGACUAAUUAAUAUUAAUACACAGGCAAACUCUAUCUUAAUCUUCAAAGGUGUUAACCGCUUGCACUAAGUCGCCAGUGUUUAUAGAGACUCUUUCUCAUUUUUUCGAUCGUGCGCAAGCGAUUAUCGACUUUAAGUUUUGUAAACUGCUAAUUACGUAAAAUGAGUACUUCAUGGCCGUAGCGAUGCCGCUACGCCUCAGACUGAGCUGCGAUCUCUUUAAUUUUUGAGGUUCCAAUUCUUUAGGUGUAAAGUAAAGAUAAAAUUGAAUUGUUGAACAUUGUUUUUGUAUAUAAUUUUAUAAAUGUAAUAUGUACCGGUAGCUAAGUUCGCGUCGAGUGUACACACGAGCGGUGGUGAUGUGUUUUUGUUAAAGUUUAUACCUUACAUUUUGGUUUUAGUAUAAGAGUUCCUUUUAGGUGUUAUAUGUUUAUUUUUCUUUUCUAUAAGUGUACUUGGGUCACCAUUGAGUUCAAAUUUGUUUCCUUUGCGUUUCGAAAUGGUUUUGAUCAAUGAUUGUUGAGACUUCUUGUAAUAUAUCCAUAUACAUAAUGUAUUGAUAUGUACUGUAUAGAAAAAAAUGUGUAUUUCUAUAGGUUACAUCCAUUUUAGACCUAAGUGUUUCCGUUAGUGAUUACAUGCCAUACUCAUAUGUGAAUUUUAAUCGUCAUUAGCAGUACAUAUAGAUAUUUAUUUGUAGCCCUUCGUGUUAACAAAAAUACUAGACUGACAGGUGGCGUUUUAUCUCGUUAACGCGUCGCCAUUUCUCGAUUCAAUAUGUAUGCCGUUUUUUUACUCGUCUGUUUUCUGAAAGUUUAAAUGCGUUUAGCUUUAGUUUACUAUCUUCCACGUGAAUGCACAAAUCGAUAUGUUUCAAUGCGAUGGGAGCGUCAGCUUUAGCGUUAUUUUUGAGAUUAAAUUUUUUGGAUCAGUAAUGGUUUAUCGUCCGUGCCAAUGAGUUACAUUUGACGCGGCCCCUGCUCUUGUAUCCAAAGGGCGUGACUAUCGCUGUAUUCUAUAAAUCUAUUAAGAACGUUUAUGGUACGUAGACAAGGUUAAGCUAGUGUGAAUUUGAUAUCUUAUAGAGUUAAAGUGUAAAUAUUAAUGUAUUUUCUCGAACCAACGUUCGGGGAACUAGUUCUAGUCAGUACAAUACUGGUAUAGUGUUACGUCUUUAAGUGGGCGUGGCCACUUGGGCUCCGGCUAAAAGCCAAUGUAACGUUUCGUUUCGUGCAGUAUUCUAUCGCUUUUGUAUAUAAAAUUAAAAAUAAAACGCCCGCAUUAUUAUGAAUGGCUCAUGUCGCAAAUUAUUAACUUGAAUGUUACUUGUAUUUAGAUGCGAGACUCAUUCCGAAUUGUAAAUAGUGAAAAGGGGCGUGUUUGGAAGAUAGUGAAUUUAGUGUGUGCUCGCUGUUUGCCGAGCGUGCAUUUAUUAUAGUGAAAAAUUGUAACUAAAUUGUUGUGCACUCAACAGGAACUGCCGGCGGCAUAGUUCAGAUAUUUCGUGGUAGGUGUAAGAUAGGCUAUAUUGUGUAAGAUAUCGAGACGCGAGUUGAUUGUCGUAUAUGCGUGCCUCUCGUCUAUGCCACAGGACUAGUUUGAGACGGUUUCCGAUGAAGGCACUAAAUUAAAAUCCAGCGUUAUAUAUUAUACAAAAAAAUAAACUAAAUGUAUUUUAUCUCUGACAGAAUUUUCGAGUUCUCGAUGUGUAUGUCUUACGGUUUCAUUUUUUUUGGAUAGGAAAUAAAUUUUCUGCCAUUUCUAAUUGUAAUUGAUAAGGUUCCAAUUUUUUAUAUAAUCCAAUAUACGUUGUUAUUGUUCGAAACAUGUAGGUGAUUGUACCUCCGAUAUUAACCAUCAGACAUACAGUAUUUGCAGAUGCGUUUUUCUUUUGUUAUAUUUUUCACUUAGAAGUUUAAAAUUAUUAGACGUAAAAUUAAUAAUUAAACUUAGGAGUUUUGUCAUUAUUUUAAUUGAAACAAUUGUGUUUUUUGUGAUUAUGUAAACAUUAUUUUUAAAACUGCUAAAGAAGAAGUGAUCAUUAAAACUAUCUAUUAAAUACGCAAUGUUUUUAUUCUGAAGUCCUUUAAUAGUAAAUAGACAAGCUUUUUACAUCAACAAAUCUCGUAAUCCUAUUAUAGCUAUUUCUUUGCUGAUACCGCAUUAUCAUAUCUUUCCUCCAGUUUAAAAAAUAAACAUACUUUUUUACCGUGUGGUUUAUACUCUAUGUCAUCGAGUUUCUUUACAUAAAGAUAACCCCUGGUUUCCAUGGGUCCCUUGGUAACUCGAUGGGACUACUGGCACACAGGUACCUUUAUGAUGAGGAAAUGCCCGUUGCAAUAAUUGACAUGAGUGAAGAACAUACAACAUGCCAGAAACUCUGAGUGGCCAAAGGACAACUGACAAUAUGGUGGUGGGAGUGGAAUUUCACCAUAAGUUCUUAAUACGAAAUAUAUUAAAUCCGGUCUCAAUUCAAGUAAUAAACUCAUGUAUUGCGUGCUACAAUUCAUCAAAAUCCGUUAAGCCGUUUUUGCCAAAUAACCGUCAAUGAAUACAAACUUUCACAUUUGUAAUACAUAAGGAUUGUCUUAACAUUAUUUCUAAUACACAUUUAAAUAUUGAAAAUGUAUCUUAUCUAUUCAUAGAUUUUUUAUCGUACAAAAAUUAACAGCAAUUUAUUUAUAUUAAUAAAAAGUUAUCUCUUAUAAAUUUAGUCAAUGAAAACCUGUCAUUGGCUAUAAUUUAAGAAAUGUAUCCAAGGAAGUUAUAUACCUUACGAUUACGGAAACAGUAUAUUUAAAGAUCUUGAAUGUAUCUGCUGGAAAAUAUUUCUAAAAUGCUCUCGAUUUUGUGAGAAAAUAAAGACAAGGAUGCAAAGAAGAAAGGCAAUGAGGAAUUUUCAUGAUAUUUAAAUGUUUAAAAAUGUUUAUGUUGAACUGGGAAUGAAGAAAACAUGGAAUGCUGCAGCCGCUAAACAUCAGCGGCAUGUUACUCGGCAAACAUUGCUCACUAAAUUUAAGCAUGUUUGUGCAUGAAUAAAUUUUUGCAUUAAACAAUUUGUAUUUGCCAUUGCGCCUAGCCACUCCACAGCCGCUCUCACAGUAGUCGUAAUAGAUAUUUCGUAUCAAAGGUACAACAAACUUUAUAUCUAUUCCGUAGUCUUAAUUAUGGCGUUCACAUUUAUAUCACAAUUAUCACAAAAUAUCUAAAGAAACAAAAGAAAAUCGUAUUCGACCCAAAAAUAUCUCGUCGAUUGUCACGCUACCUCUACCACACACCACUUUCUGGCUUCUUUUAUCCUCUUCAUGAUGCCUAGGACUUCUAUCCUGAACUCCAGCCUUUCGUCUUCGGUGUAUUUCACUACAGUCGGCAGCAGUGAAGCGAAAAAUGCCUCGUCCUCAUUCAUCAACCUAUUAUGAUCAGCGCCUUGAUUAAUUUCUGUAACUUCAACGAAAUCUAUUUCGUUUCCGCUCACUUCAGCUUUUGUAUUGCUCGUUGCGGCGCCUGCAUCUACGGAGUCUUUCUUUUUAGAGCGUCUUUUGUUACUUUGACUGCAUUCUAUUUUUGAGGUGUUUGGAGUGUAACUGUCGUCGUCAUCACUGCGUUCUAUUCUCUUGGACCUUUUUCUUGGCACAGUUUCUUCUUCGCUGGCGUUUUCUUCCUUCAAAUAGGUGACCUCGUCUUCCUGUUCCUCGUAUUGUACGUUCUCUUGACCUUUCAACAGAAAUUGUAAGUGGUCGUGAAGUAUAUAUUUGCGGCGAGGUUUACCCAUCUUUGGUCUCAAGGAUUUUACAAAAGUAUCUCUGAUGUUCGUCCAUUUGUUGAGAACGUUUUCACCUAGAA